UCGAUUACUAAUCACGUCGAUUGGAGUAAUAGUUCAUUUCUGACUUCGAUUGUGUAAUAGAAAGUCGCAUCAAUAUGAAACUCCUCGUUGUUUUCCUAUCUACCCUGGUGCUUGUUCUUGGACAGGGUGGAGAGGAUAAAAUUUAUGCUGUCGAGCUCGGUAAUGUUGAGGAGCUAGGAGAUGUUCACCCUCAUAAAGUCUACGCUGAAGAGUCUCCAGUUAUUCGCGUUUUUGAGCCUGUAGAUGAUCUAAAAGAUGACAGUCCUGCUCAAGAAAGCGUUAAUGCAGUGGACAACCAGCCUGCUGACCGUGAGUCCGUCCCUCCUUCGUCGUUAAUCAUUCCGACCAUAGUUAAAGCCUGCACCAACUCUGCCUGUGCCUACAUCUGCAGUCUGCUUGGGUUCCAAAAUGGCGUCUGCAUUUCCACUACCACUUGCCAAUGUUCCAACUAAAUUUUUUAUAAACUUUUAAACUCCAUUCGAAAUGAUCCCUUAUGGUAAUUGUCAGUAAGUAUCGUUUUGAUGUGAAAUUAUGAAUUUAAAGCUCAAUGUACCUACUUAUUUUUGUGUAAUAAAAUUUUUGGAUCUUAUGA